CCGUCGUCUAGAUAUCAAUCGAACAGAGCUAAUUCAAUUAUUCCAAUCCCUCGUUUCAAUUCGAAGCCCUAACAAAAAAAUCCCUAAUUGACGAAAUCGCCGAAUCGGUUGACGAGGAUGGAGUUUGACGAAUACGAGUACCUGGAGAAGACGGUAGAGGAAGGAGAUGGAUUGGAUAGGAAGAAGGAAGAGAGCGAGAGGAGUUACAGAAAGAGAGAAGGAGAGAGGCGUGACGUUGAAGAAGGUGACGAAGAGCGAAGGAGCAGUCGGAGUAAGAAGUCUCGUGGAGACGACGAAGAGAACGGUGGAGGUAGGAGAAGGGAUCGGGAGAAAGAGAGGCACAGGAGCAGCCGAGACAAGGAAAGAGAAAGAGAGAGGGAUAAGAUUAGGGUUAGGGGAGGAUCGAGGGAUAGAGAGAGCGAUCGUGAGAGGAGUAGCAAAGAGAGAGAUAGGGGCGAUAGGGAGAAAAGCCGAGAUAGAGAGAGGGAGAAGGAUAGAGAGAGGAGAAGCAAAGAGAGAGAGAGGAGUGAUAGGGAGGAUAGAGAGAGGAGAAGCAGCAGUAGAUCACGGAGGGAAGAGAAGGAACGUGAAGUAGUUGAAAGAGGAAGCAGGAGAAACAAGGACAAGAAAGAUGAGCCUGAAGCUGAUCCAGAGAGAGACCAAAGAACUGUUUUUGCAUAUCAGAUGCCUCUUAAAGCUACCGAGAGAGAUGUUUAUGAGUUCUUCUCCAAAGCUGGCAAGGUUAGAGACGUGCGACUGAUCAUGGACAGAAAUUCAAGACGAUCAAAAGGAGUCGGGUAUAUUGAGUUUUAUGAUGUGAUGUCUGUUCCAAUGGCCAUAGCUAUGUCUGGACAUAUGUUUCUUGGGCAACCUGUGAUGGUUAAGCCCUCUGAAGCUGAAAAGAAUCUGGCGCAAUCCAAUACCACUACAAGCGUUGUAGGUGGUACUGGCCCUGUUGAUCGAAAGCUCUACGUGGGGAACUUGCAUUACAACAUGACAGAGUUGCAACUUAGACAGAUUUUUGAGCAAUUUGGUCCUAUUGAGCUUGUUCAGAUGCCAUAUGACCUUGUAAGUGGUCAGUGCAAAGGUUAUGGAUUCAUCCAGUUUGCCCAAUUUGAACAUUCAAAGGCAGCACAAACUGCCUUAAACGGACAAUUAGAGAUUGCUGGUAGAACAAUCAAGGUUUCGUUUGUCUCUGAGCAUAUAGGCACACAAGACGCUAAUCCAAAAUCCGCUGAUUUUGAUGAUGAUGAUGGAAAUGGGCUGGCUUUAAAUGCACAAACGAGGGUUCAGCUUAUGCAGAAGCUGGAUCGUACAGGUGUCGCAGCAAACAUUGUGGGACCUUUUGGAGUACCAGCGCUAAAUGGAACAGCUCUGAAUCAACCAGGCAUGAAUCCUGGUUUCCCCACAUCAGUGCUUCCGACAACAGCUAUCCCUGCUUUUGUCACAGAGCCUAUUGGUCAGCCAAGUCAAUGCCUUCUAUUGAAAAACAUGUUUGAUCCUGCAACCGAGACGGAAUUGGAUUUUGAUGAAGAAAUUAAAGACGACGUUGGUCAUGAAUGCUCCAAGUAUGGGCAGGUCAACCAUAUUUAUGUAGACAAGAAGAGCGCAGGUUUUGUGUAUCUGCGGUUUGAAUCGGUGCAGGCUGCAGCGGCAGCUCAAAGAGCAAUGCACAUGAGAUGGUUUGCACAAAAGAUGAUAUCUGCAACUUUCAUGCCUCCAAAUGAAUAUGAAGCCAAAGCUAAGGCGUGAAGUGCAGGCAAGAUUGAUUCGCUUGUUCAGACUGGGUAUAAAACCUAAACCGGACUGCGAUCCAUAUUCAGUCUCCUGUCUGAAACAUUUUUUAUAUAUAAAUGAAAAGAUUAUUGGAGACCUCUCCUUCCGUUCUUGGUUGAUUCGUUAUAGUUGUAACAUUCCCAUAUCAUUUUAUCAUAAACUUAUUUUAUCUUAUUUCAACAGUGUUACUAUUUGUUUACAGUUUUGAAAUUGGCUUGGUGUUUCUAAACGA